CACACACACACACUCUCUCUCGCCGCAGUAAUCGACAUGGACGCGGAGCUGAAGGCUGUGGAGCUGCAGGAGGUCCCUGAGCCGAAGAUGGAGGAUGAGGAUGAGCUGAGGAUGAAGAUGGAGGAUGAAGCUCUGAAGGAUGAAGGUGAUGAAGCUGAGCUGAAGGAUGCUGAUGUGACCGAGGAGCUGGACGAGGAGCAGCAGGAGAAGGAGCCGAUGACCGGAGGACAGCGGUCCUCUGACGCUCCUCCUGCGGGCGGAGACGCGGCCGCAGCGGCGGAGAAGAACGGCUCCGUGAAGCUGAAGAUUCCCGAGGAGUCACCGGAGGAGGUGAAAUUCACCGGACUGAGCAAAGAGGAGCUGCUGAGGGUGGCAGGGACCCCGGGGUGAGAAGAACCACACACAUGACCAGGACCACACACAUGACUAAGAUAACAUACAUGACCAGGACCACAUACAUGACCGGGACAAGAUACAUGCUCACAACCACAUAUGUGAACAGGACCGCACAGGCCCCGAUAUACACAGUACACACACUGAUACAGCAUGUAGCAUCAGGACAACAUACAUGAGCAGGUCUACAUGUGAAGAGGUCUAUAGUCAGGUCUACAUGUGGAUCAGGUUUAUAAUCAGGUCUACAUGUGGAUCAGGUCUAUAAUCGGGUCUAUAAUCGGGUCUACAUGUGGAUCAGGUCUAUAAUCGGGUCUACAUGUGGAUCAGGUCUAUAAUCAGGUCUACAUGUGGAUCAGGUCUAUAAUCGGGUCUACAUGUGGAUCAGGUCUAUAAUCGGGUCUACAUGUGGAUCAGGUCUAUAAUCGGGUCUACAUGUGGAUCAGGUCUAUAAUCAGGUCUACAUGUGAAGAGGUCUAUAGUCAGGUCUACAUGUGGAUCGGGUCUAUAAUCAGGUCUACAUGUGGAUCAGGUCUAUAGUCAGGUCUAUAGUCAGGUCUACAUGUGGAUCAGGUCUAUAGUCGGGUCUACAUGUGGAUCAGG